AUGGAACACUUUGUUAUAUUGCACUCAUUAGAUGUUCAUUUAGGUACUGCAGAUGAGUCAUACAAAAUUAUCACAACAAAUGAUAUUUUAUCAUAUUUACAUCAUUUCAACAAUAACAACACAGAACAUACAGAAAUCAAUAACAUCAAUGCUUCACCUGAACUACAAGAAAACGAUCAACAUUCGUCUAGCUCAAUAACAAACAGUAACAAUGAAUCCAAUGAAGCUGAAAAUAACGAUGAAUCGAUAUUAACAGCAUCUAAUACGAAUGCCAAUGAAGUUAAUAAUGAACCAACAAAACUCGUUCAAAGUAAAGUUUCUACGAAAAAUAGUUUAAUAUCGUAUAAUUCUUUUUCAGCAUUCAUUUAUCAUUUUUUUCCAGUGACCAACAAUAUAUAUACAGAUAUUGCUGAUAUUGAUCGAAACACUACACAGUAA